UCCUCAAGGGCCUACCGAGGGGGAUGCCAGGCAUUAUGCCUUCAAGUUGAAGUGCCUAUCUUGCAACGGAAUAACAUUGAUUGAGGGUGGUGGAGGAGGAGGAGAGAAGCCAAAGAGGCACUUCUUGAGUCAGAAUGAUGCUGAGGUUGAGGUCUAUCAUGGUGAUGAGUUGGCGAUAGCUGGACUUAUAAGAUUCCUUUUUAUUGACUGCAUUAACCCGCCUGCGAGCGCAGUGCGGCCACUCUCUGCACGCCUUUUAACACCCACAAUUACUCCAGAAGGGUCUCCAGCCACCACAGCCCAAGAAGGCGGCAUGUCUUCUUCAACGUCGCGGGAGGGCGGGGGGCGAGGAAGACUGUCUGUGAGCGCCUUCAGCUGCCCUGAGGAUGAGGAUCUCGAUGAGAAGUUCCAGCCGUUCAAGCCUGUUGCGCCUGCACGGCCGUUGCGACCACCAGUAGCCCUUUUGUCUAGCACUACUGACCACUGCACAGUCCCUGGUGACGCUGCUGGUGACGGACACCUUUCCUCUAGGAAGACUACUAAUUCUAACGCGACGACUGGUCCACUCACUCCCAACCACUUAUUCGAUCCUCAAGAUGAGAAUGAUGCCUUUGCCCAAAGUGGAUUCCAGUUGGUGCAGGACUCCAAAGGCGUUCGGGUGGCCGCUGCAACCGGCGCCGUGGUCGCGGGAGCUGACAAACCGUCGAAGCAUCAAAGUAACAAUAAAAGUAAUUCAAGUGAAGAUAAACGUCUUGGUGGCGGAGGAGGAAGUCGGCAAACUGGUGGUAGCAGCAGCAAGACUGGGGUAUCUGCAUGGACCAAGUUCUCCUCUGUGACGGCUGGGCUGUUCAAACAUAAGAGCAGCUCAUCAUCAUCAGCAGCAGCAGGAGCCUCCAAGCAUAAUAGUUAGAGCCGUUACCACACCAUA